CUCCAAGGCGACCAAGUUCAAUUGAUUUGGGAUCAAAUUUACUGUGUUGGUCGCGUUAUGAGGGGUCAAGGCGACUUCGAAAGUGCCAGAAUCUGCUUUGAGCAAUGUUUCAAAACCUAUGGUAUCCGGAAGUCCAAAAAGAUCAUUAUUCAGACAGCGCUGGCAGACCUUUAUUGCGAGUUGGACUACAAAUCUCAGGAUGAUCAACGCUAUCACCUGUUUCAAGCCAGGUCAUUGCUCGUGCCUGCCCUCGAAUCGGUUGGAAUCAACCUUCGGGAAGGUCGAAUUCGUGAGGCAAGGAAAUUGUUGGAGGAACUAUUGAUUCUCUAUGGUGGCAUAGACUCUUUCGAUGUCGUCGAUCGACUUGGACACGUUCGUUCAUACAUCGCGUUAGCUCGCACGUACCCUAAUGGCCAAUCCGAGUCUCAUUGGAGGAAUGCUCUGCGUCUCAACGCAGAGUACAACCCAUCUGAGGAAGAAGUUUUUACUUGUGCUAUCAUUUACUUGCAUCUCAGCUGGUUCAGCUACUGCUCGGGGGAGUUGAAUGGAGCACAGAAGAUGUACGCAUGUGCAGAGAAGGUUCUCCACAGAAGAAGGCCUGAGUAUUUAUUGCCCGGAGUUGGGACGUAUGUUUUU